GGGACAGCCGGGAGCGAGCAGUACCUUUUCUCUUUAUUUCUAUAGUCUACACGCAGUCUUCACAGCCAACCUGUAUGGUGGAUAUAAUAUUCAGCUCUUCUUUUUUGGAUGAUAUGGGGGAUCGCUCCAAAAAGAAGUCCGGACUUGCGAUGUGUGUUGGCUGUGGCAGUCAGAUUCAUGAUCAGUACAUCCUGCGGGUCUCCCCUGAUCUGGAGUGGCAUGCAGCUUGUUUAAAAUGUGUAGAGUGCAGUCAAUACCUGGAUGAGACAUGCACGUGCUUUGUACGGGACGGAAAAACAUACUGCAAAAGAGAUUAUGUAAGGUUGUUCGGCAUAAAAUGCGCAAAAUGCAGUUUGGGCUUUAGCAGCAGUGAUUUGGUCAUGAGAGCUCGGGACAGUGUUUAUCACAUCGAAUGCUUUCGCUGCUCGGUGUGUAGCCGGCAGCUUUUACCCGGGGAUGAGUUCUCUGUCCGGGAUGAUGAACUGUUGUGUCGAGCAGACCACGGUAUAUCUCUGGACCACGGCAGUCCUCUUAGUCCGGGAAACAUCAACAGCAGAUCCUUACAUAUGGCAGCUGACCCAGUGUCAGUCCGACGGAACCACAUGCAUAAGCAGUCAGAGAAGACCACACGGGUAAGGACUGUGCUAAACGAAAAACAGCUGCACACUUUACGGACGUGCUAUAACGCAAACCCGCGUCCAGAUGCGCUCAUGAAGGAGCAGCUGGUGGAGAUGACAGGCCUGAGCCCGCGGGUCAUUCGAGUUUGGUUCCAAAACAAACGCUGCAAGGACAAAAAAAGAUCAAUUCUCAUGAAACAGUUACAACAGCAACAUGGCGAUAAAUGUAAUCUGCAGGGUAUAACGGGUACGUCGCUGGUUGCAGGCAGCCCAAUAAGACAUAACCCUUCAGUGCCGGGACACCAGGUGGAAUUGCAAACUUAUCAUCCACCCUGGAAAGCUCUCAGUGAAUUUGCACUCCAGAGUGACUUAGAUCAGCCUGUCUUUCAACAGCUAGUCUCUUUCUCAGAAACCGGUUCUUUAGGAAACUCCUCGGGCAGCGAUGUGACCUCUCUUUCGUCACAAUUACCAGACACACCGAACAGCAUGGUACCGAGCCCGGUAGAGACGUGAGAACGACUGGUCGUCGGUUUUACUGCAAAUCAAACUCUCCGUAAUCCUCAUCACGGACGUGGGAAAUGAUAUUAGUAGCCUAUCACCGGACUGCUUCAUCAAACGUCUUGCAACCAGCUCUACUGAGGGCAGAGGAACCAUUUAUACGUCACCAAAUGGUGUGUCUGGAAUAAGAUUAUGGAAAGUAGACCUUCGGUAAAUGAGGGACCAAACUCAUUCCAAAUGGAUAUUCGUUAUGAGCGUUAUUAUUUGUGGUUUCUGGAUUUUUGAAAAAUAUCUUUUCGAAAGACUCAGUUUCAGAAGAUGGGAUUUUUCCCCUGUGAAAUGUACUAGUAGAUGCAGUCUCUGAACAAAAUUAAAUUAUUGUUAUUUAU